AUGACUGUAGCCAUGAAUCUGUCAGCUCCUCUGCUGCUGCUUCUCUCCGCUUGUGUGGUCAGUGGCGGUCGGCUUCCCAAGGCCUUAUGGCAGUUUGGGAGUAUGAUCCAGUGCGCCCAGCCCGAUGUUAGCCCUCUGCGCUACAGCGAUUACGGCUGCUGGUGCGGCUUCGGGGGGAAGGGAACCCCUCUGGACGAAGUGGACAUGUGCUGUAAAGUUCAUGAUAAAUGCUAUGAAAGAAGCAGAAAGACUCCUGGAUGCACGGCCAUUGCUGACCUUCCCUAUGUUCUUGUUUACGACUUCGCCUGCUCAAACCAACAAGUGACCUGCUCAGCUGCCAACAAUAAGUGCCAGGCUGCAGUGUGUGAGUGUGACCGUGUGGCCGCUCACUGCUUCGCUCAGGCUACAUACAACCCUCAAAACAAGAACCUGGAUCCCAAAGUCCACUGUGUCAACUGAGUUAUA